AUGGCCAGCUGGCAGGCCUAUCUCGCCUCGUGGAUGGUCUGGUGGCGCUUCAAGGGCUCCCUCCAAACCGUAAAGGCCCUCCGCCAACGCAUCGAAAACGACCGCCAGACAAAGAGCACGCGACCCCCCGCGCACCUGGAAACGCAGUUCACCAUCGAGGAGCGCCGUCUCGGCGGCUGCGUCCUGUACGAUGUGGCGCCGAAAUCAGAGAUGCCGAACCAGGCGCGGAUCCUGUACCUCCACGGCGGAUGCUUCCUCUUCGAGAUUGACGCCGCGCAUUGGCAGAUGGUGGCCGUGCUGGCGGAGCGUCUGCAGGCUGUUGUCACGGUCGCGAUAUUCCCCCUGGCGCCGGAGCAUACGCUGAUGGAGAUUUUCGAUGCGGUGAGGCCGGCGUAUGAGGAGCUUGCUUUGCCGGCGCAGGACAAGACGCCGUUCUUCGUGGUCGGAGACUCGACGGGCGGGAGCAUGGGCCUUGCGCUCACACAGGAGGCUCUCAGGGGUGGUCGUCCGGCGGCUUCUCGGCUGGCCUUGAUGUCGCCUUGCGUGGAGUUUACCUUUCAGAAUCCGCAAGUGCGACAGGCUGCUCAGACGGAUCCGUGGCUGGAUGUCCCCGGGUUUGAGGAAGCGGUGCGGUAUCUCUGUCCGGAUGUGUCGCCGGACGAUCCGCGCGUGAGUCCGCUGUAUGGAGAGGUUGACAAGCUGCCGCCGACGCUGGUCUUUGCCGGAGGGACGGAGAUGCUGACUCCUGAUGUGAGGAAGUUUGUGGCCAAGGCGGUGGAGCGGGGGAGGAAGAUUGAGUAUGUGGAGGGAGAGGGCUUGAUGCAUGUGUGGCCGCUGGUGCAGUUUCUGCCGGAGGCGAGGGAGGCUGUGGAUAAGCUGCUGCGCUGGCUGGAGUGCGGCAAGGGUUUGUGA